AUGGAGUAUGUCGGAUUGUUGUGUGAUGGUGUUGCGGGCGAUGCGCUUGGCACCUUGACUUGCUUCCUCGAAUUUGAAGACUUCCUCAAGCUCUCCGCCACCUCCAGGUGCAUGAGAGAAUUUCUGCUGUCACGUGAGAAACUGUGGGGAUGCUUCUUCGAAAGGAACGCUGUUAGUUGCAAUAGGCCUGACACCCUGGAUAUCCUAACGGGGAAACGCCGGGAGUGCCGCUGCCAAUAUCGCAUAAGGCCAUUCAGCGAAUCCAUUAAUGGAUUUAAGACCCUAGCUGACCUUGCAUCGCAAUGCGGCCUCGUUGACAGUCGGAACAAGCUGGAUGGUGCGGCCCUGCUCCACCUUGCCAUAAGCUCGGACAGACAUUCGCGCAAGGUCACAGUAGACCGUGACAUAGUGAGGGAUCUGAGGACAAUCGGCAAGCCGCUGGUGGCAGUCUCUAGGGACGGAGUUGGAUGGCCGUUCGCCGUGCUGAGCACGAACAGGAUCCUAGGCAUCGGCACGAGCCGGGAAUUCUUCGACAUCGGGCAGCCAACGCCCAUAUCAGACAAGCAUAUGUUUCAGCUGGUGGCGUGUUGCUGGGUGCGUUCCAUACAAUGCCCACGCUGCAGCUGUGGAGGAGGCGGAUGCGGGGAUAAAACACCGCGGAAAGGUGACGAUGAAGAGCAUGUCAACAGGCCGUUAGCUCUGGCCAUGCUGUACACCUGCCGCGGGCAGGACCCAUGUGUUUCCGUCUACACCUAUGGCAAGGAAGGAUUGGAGCGCAAUCCGCCGGUGACGUGGAAAAUCCCAGCCGGCGAUGACGCUGUAACAUGUCUGGAAGUGGUGCAAGGAAGGGGCUGCGACCACUACUUCGCCUUUGUGGGCACCGACGAAGGCUUCAUCCACUGUAUCCAGGCGGGAGCCAUGUCGGUAAUAGCAAACACCAGGAGUCCCAUAGAAGUCAUAACAGCCGCCGCGAGCGGGGACAAGAUGAUCCUUUGUGUCCAUGCUGCGGGGGACAUCCUGGUGAUGCACGUGGAGGAAGAUAUCAAGCGUAUGUACCGCAUGGAGGAAGCAUCAAUAUACGCCAUUGACACGGAGAACCUAGUGCUCGUGCAGUGCAACUACGGGAAGUGCACGUUAAGAAUCGGCAGAUUCGCGGGUUUUGAUGAGUACAUAAGUGUGACUAAGCCGCCUUCCUUCAUCUUGUACCUUCACCGCAGGUCGCUCUGGGCGCUCGUUAUACGCAACUACGUUAAACUGAUACAGGUCUUCGGCCGCGGGAAUGACUUACGGGUCAAGCACCUACGUAUCCUCAACGGUCACACGGCCGAUAUCACCGCGUGCCACGCCGAUGGGUGGUCAAGAAUGGUAACUGUAGACGCGGCGAAAAUCCUCAUCGUAUGGGACUUUAUCCGGGGAGUAAAGGUGAUACGCCUCUCACUGAUUACUGCCAGUGCGUGUAUGAAGCUGCCCAAGCCCAGCCGAAAGGGAUCCGAUAAAAACGCUCGCAAGCGCCGCAGUGUCAACAGCGACAUUUCGUACGCAUCGCUGCACAACGUCAAAAAGGAUUUCAACAACCCACCUCCCGCAACCUAUGGCGAUGACUCGUCUGACAAUGGCGAUCAGAUUGUGCACGGCAUGGAGCGCCUGUGCACGCGGCCAUCUCCGACGGGCGACAAGCAGACCGUCUACAUUUCGCUGGACACGGUAUGCAUAUACUAUCACCAGCACUCCUACCUGCAGGUUGUGAACCUUAGGUGA